AUGCGUCCGCUGAUGUGUGUUUCUGCACAUGGCCGUGCCGCCCAACGGGCUUCUGCAUUGUUCCACAGUUUUUCGCACUUUACUACCGGUAAAUGGAUCCAUUGUAAUUAGAUUUCCUAUUCCCACGAUUAAAAAUCACGCGUUUUGUGCCUUAAACUAUACAAAAAGCUUUUUCCGUGUCGAUAACUAUAAUUAAUGAAUCAAAAAGGUUAUAUUUAUUAUUUUUAGAAGAAUUGUAUUGUAUAUUACAACAUCCACCAUGACUACAUCAUCAGAAGAUGUUCUAAUGCAAGUGGGACAAGUCCGUUAUAAAAAAGGAGAUGGUACUUUGUAUGUCAUGAAUGAACGAAUUGCUUGGAUGCUUGAUAACAGAGAUACUGUAUCUGUCAGUCACAAAUAUGCUGAUAUUAAAUUGCAAAAAAUUUCACCAGAAGGAAAAUCAAAAAUACAGCUACAAGUUGUACUACAUGAUGGUUCAUCGUCUACCUUUCAUUUUGUAAAUAGAAAUGGGCAGGAAGCACAAAUUAAGGAUCGUGAUGAUGUAAAAGAAUUACUUCAACAGUUACUACCAAAAUUUAAAAGAAAAGUAAAUAAGGAGUUAGAAGAAAAAAAUAGAAUGCUUCAAGAAAAUCCUGUACUACUUCAGUUAUACAGAGAUUUAGUUAUAACACAAGUUAUUUCAUCUGAAGAAUUUUGGUCACAACAUGCUGCAGAAUAUACCCAAGCUAAGAAAAGUCAACGACAAGAAAUAGGAGUUAAUAGUGCUUUUUUGGCUGAUAUAAAACCACAAACUGAUGGUUGCAAUGGAUUGAAAUAUAAUCUAACUGUUGACAUAAUAGAAUGCAUUUUUAAAACUUAUCCAGCAGUCAAAAGAAAACAUCAAGAAAAUGUGCCUCAUAAGAUGUCGGAAUCCGAUUUUUGGACAAAAUUCUUUCAAUCGCAUUAUUUUCAUCGAGAUCGUAUCAAUGCAGGGACCAAGGAUCUUUUUACCGAAUGUGCCAAAAUAGAUGAUCAAGAACUUAAAAAAGAUAUUCAGUCGGGAAUCGAUGAUCCGUUGGUGGAUAUAACUUCUUUUGAAGAUCAAAGUCUAGAUGAAAACUAUGGGAAUGGACCUAGUAAAUCUGACAAAGUUUCAGGAAAUAUUGUACAUCAAAGUAUGAUUAAGAGAUUCAAUCAACACAGCAUUAUGGUUUUAAAAGCCAGCACUGCCAAGCAAUCUACACAAUCUGCUCAACCACAACUAAACGGAUCAACUCCAUCGGCAAGCAAAACUACAGUACUCUCUAAUCAAUUAGAUGAACGACCAAAGACUAAAAAACUUAGAAUACAAGAAAAAUUAAUUUACGAUGAUCUCGAUACCGCUCAUGAUACAAACACGAAUAAUAGCACACCAUUAAACUUGACACAUAUAGACAGGUAUUUACAUGGUCCAGUACCAGGAUAUAGUAAUACAGAACCAACGUCUGAGGAACUUCUUGUAACGUUAAAUCAGUUAAAGAAGGAAGCAAGUGGUUGGUUAACAGCAAAUAGUAUACCAAGACAAUUGGCAACGUCAUUAGUUAGUCCAGCCGCUGCAGUCUCAGCUCUGGGGGAAUUAACUCCAGGUGGUUCUUUAAUGAAAGGUUUCAGAGAAGAAAGUCUUGGACAAUUGAUACCAAAGGAUUUAGAAAAAGAAUUACGCAAUGUAUAUGUGUGUACAUGUGAACUUUUAAGACAUUUUUGGCGUAGCUUUCCACCUACAACACCUCAGCUUGAAGAAAAAGCAGUUAGAAUGCACGAAGCUCUACGUAGAUUUCAUUCUGCAAAACUUAAACCUUUUGAAGAUCGUGUUCAACGAGACUUCUCUGCCGUUAGUCAACAUUUAACAAGUCAUUUAAAUCAGUUACUAAACACAGCAUACCGAAAAUUCGCAGUUUGGCAACAACGUAAGAUGCAAAUGAGGUAGCCAUUGAAUAACUUACCGUAAAAUUAAAAAUAACAUGAGUAAAGCAGAGCAAUAUUUAUAUAUAUAUAUAAAUAUAUGUAUAUACAUAUAUACAUAUUGCAUUUUGUAAUGUUACCGUAAAUAGGAAUUAAUAUGGGUGUAUUUCACAAAAACCAAAGCUGAAUCGUGUCAUGCAUCCUGUGCUGCCACAUAUUGUUAAUUUAUUCUUACAUAACCAUGUUUAUUACUGUUUUAAAACUUUCAUAAGUGUGUUAUUUGAGUUCAUUCGAAAAAAAAUAUUUCAUUAAUAUUUUCGUAACGUCGUUCAUAGUUUAUUUAUUUACUUUUUGUAGACUAUUAUGUAUCAUUUUACGUGUCAUACAUUGGUAAAUUACAAUUGUCAUGAUAAGAUUUUGAAAAAAUUAAAGAAUUAAAAUUUAUGAUUAUGGAAAAAGAUAUUAAAUAUAGAAUCGAGUUGAUAUUUAUAAAUUUCUUUAAAAAAGCUAUGAUUGCGUAUAUAAUAUUUAAGGUUUGUAAAAUGAAAUUAUUUAGAGAAGUGUAUGUAAAAAAAAUUAGCUAAAUACUGUACGAUAUCAAAGUAGCUGUGAUACCGUCACUGUAUCAUUAAGCUUAUUUAUAGAUUUUGUUUCGAUGUUUUCUUUCUUACGAAUAAAUGUUUUAUAUUCAUUUCAAUAGAAUUAGGAUACCAAAGUUUUUUUCGUGGCAUACUCAUUAUAAAAAUGAAGAGCACGUUUUAUACAAUUACUAAAAGUGUAAUUCAUAAAAUAUAAAUUUGUAUUGUUAAACUUGAAAUGAAUUCAUAAAUUUUACCAAAAGAAAAAAUUAUAAACAUAACACACAGUGACAUCAGGAUACUUUUUAUGAUAUCUGCGAUAUACUCAACUAAGUGUCUUAAUUGUUGAAUGCUACUUUUUUUUUAUAAUGUCAGAUAUGAUAAUUGGCAACAUAAACUGCCUGCUCACUUUCCCUAUAGUAGCAAUAAUUUGGCAGUUGUUAAAAUAGAUGAUACCUAUUUCAAUCAGUAACAAAUCUCAGUGAUCAUCAUACUCGCAAAUUGCACUAUAAUUACUAGUACGAUAACAAUUAUAAAUAUAUUCUUACAUUAUCAUUACAAUAAAUGUUAUUAUUGUGAAUAUAAGUGAAUUAAUUAAUGAUACCUGUGUAAUAAAUAUUCUUAAUACUGCUAAAAUUAUAAACCAUAACUUUCAACAAUUAUAUCAGAGAUAAGAGUUAUUUCUAAUUAUUUUAAUUUUCUUAAAAAGUCCCGCCUGUUGAUCAUUCUCUCUCGAUCAUUCUCUAUCUGUACGAUCACUAGAUGGCGCAAAUGAUUGUUGAUUUUGUUCAAAAUGGCGGCCUAUAAUGGGCACUACGGGGUAACAUUGUUCGAAUCCCCGCGAUAAAUGAGCCCAUGCGAAGUUAACUCGCCGCGGUGUGUGUGCGAGUACCGGGUCUAGAGUAUAUCCGGAAUGUACACUUUUCUUCGGAUGAUUAAAUCAUGUGAGCGAAACCACGGUGCCAGCCGAUCGUAUGUCGUGCAUUGGCCAAGUUUGUGUAGCCAUAUUUAUUGUGUUAUUCGGCAAGACGUUAUAUCUUAUACACCGGUAAAUGUAAUUGCUAAUAAAAACAUAUGGCUAUUUA